UAGUAAACAGUCUCACCAUUUUGGGGGUCAAACAAUCUCCUUUUUCAAAAGACACGGGGGAGGGGCAGUUUUAAUGCUAAUGCUUAGUGGUCUGCACCCUGAAUCAUCAAUAAUUUGGAAAACUGCAUAACCGUACGGGCGGAUCCAGGAUUUUGUGCUGAGGAUUGAAUUUUUUAGCAUGUGAUGGCGAAGGGUGAGAAGGGAAGUAACCAGACAACCAAAAAAGGGAAGAGAAAACAUGAAGAUUCCUCAUCAUCAGAGGCAGCAGCCCUACCCUCUAAGAAACUGAAAAUUGAAACCAAGACAUCGGAUACCACAAAGCAAGAGGUGAAGUCUACCUCGGACGCACAAGGCAUCAUGGAGAAAUUAAUGGCACUUCGUCUUCGUACAGCUAGCUCAAUCUCAGCUUUCAAGUUCAAUAAGAAAAGAGUGAGGGUUCUGUCAGGAGUUCAGGAUGUACCUGAGGGUUGCCAAGGAAUCCUGUACUGGAUGUCCAGAGAUCAGCGAGUACAGGAUAACUGGGGUCUGUUGUACGCUCAACGUCUUGCCAUGAAAUUGACUGUCCCACUCCACGUCUGCUUCUGCCUGGUGCCCAAAUUCCUGGACGCAACCAUCCGUCAUUUUGGGUUCAUGCUGAAAGGCCUUGCUGAAGUUGAGCAGGAACUUAAAGAGCUUGACAUACCAUUCCAUCUUCUAACUGGUGAAGCCACAGAUGUGCUGCCUAGUUUUGUCAAAGAUCAUGGCAUCGGUGGCAUGGUGACAGAUUUCUCCCCCCUGAGGGUUCCAUCCAAGUGGGUCAAGGAAGCCACAGACAGUCUGCCACAUAUUCCUGUCUGUCAGGUGGAUGCACAUAACAUAGUACCAUGUUGGGAGGCCUCACCAAAGCUGGAGUAUGGCGCUCGUACCAUUAGACCCAAGAUAACCAAACUGCUAUCGACAUUCUUGACGGAAUUCCCUCCCGUUGUCAAACAUCCACACAAGGCAAAGACAAUGCCUGAGCCAGUGGAUUGGGAAGCUGCAGAUUGCUCCCUUGAUGUCGACCGUACGGUUGAAGAGGUUUCGUGGGCUAAACCAGGCACCAAAGCAGGCCUGCUGAUGCUGGAAGAAUUCUGCCUCCAACGACUCAAGUACUUUGAGGCAGACAGGAACAACCCCAACAAGACGGCACUGAGUAAUCUCUCACCCUGGAUUCACUUUGGUCAGGUAUCUGCUCAGCGAGCCGCUCUGGUUGUGCGUGGUCAUCGCAGCAAGUAUAGCAAGUCAGUAGAAUCGUACAUUGAGGAGAGCGUCGUUCGACGUGAGCUGGCGGACAAUUUCUGCUUCUACAAUGAGCACUAUGAUUCUAUUGAAGGGACCAACGACUGGGCGAAGGAGACCCUGAAGGUGCAUGCCAAGGAUAAGAGGGAGUAUGUCUACAGCAAGGAACAGCUAGAGAAGGCCAGGACGCAUGAUGACUUGUGGAACGCAGCCCAGGUCCAGCUUGUCAAGGAAGCCAAGAUGCACGGCUUCUUGAGGAUGUACUGGGCCAAGAAGAUUUUGGAAUGGACUCCGUCCCCAGAGGAUGCUCUGGAGAUAGCCAUCUAUCUCAAUGACAAAUACAGCCUGGAUGGCCGAGAUCCCAACGGAUAUGUGGGUUGUAUGUGGUCCAUCUGUGGCAUCCAUGAUCAGGGCUGGGCAGAGAGACCUGUCUUUGGCAAGAUCCGCUACAUGAACUACAACGGUUGCAAGCGUAAGUUUGACGUCGCCCAGUUUGUACGCAAGUACAAGCAGAAGUUGUGAUGCCCUUUACUGCAAAGGACAGUCAGCAGGCCAUCAAGAAGAAACACCGACCUCGUGCUUCUGUUUAGAUUUGCAUGCAUCAUUGUAAAAGGGGAUUUGAUGUGUGUUGUGGGUUUUUGUUCACAAGUAACCCCCAAAGUUUGAAAUAUCAUUGACAGCGUGAAACAAAUCUGUGGUAUGCCGUGAUUCUAAAGGCCAUAAUGCAUGGUGCAUGUGGGUCAGCUAGAUAUUACGUUUCUCUAUUUAUGGGACCAUUUUCAGGAACUGUAUUAGAUUUUAAGUGUCCACGUCAUUCGUGUGAUAUAUGUGGGCUUUUUUUGAGUCGGUAAGCAGCGUUCGAAAAAAAAAAGUUUAUCUUUCAUACUCAACUUUUUAUCUAUCUGUACCUUUUUUAAUCAACUCUUUUUUCUGUGUAAAAGUUUCUUAUUAGAUAGUGAUAUUUGUAGUAUAAUAGGAUUUAGUGGUUACAGUGAUGGUUUAGGUCUGCAAAAUUUACUGGCUUGUAUGGUGUUUGCUAGAAGUAAUGUUGGCUACAGGCGUAUGCCUCAGUAAAAUCAGAGAAAUAUGGAAGGGCUGCAUAGCAGCGUGAUCAGAAUAUCGACAAGAAUAUAAGAUUAAAUCAGUGCUCUGAAAUGUGCGAUUGGCGAGCUUUCGGAAACUGAGUAACUUCUUCAGGGCAAGCAGAUUCAGUUCGGUUCAGUUCAUCAGGCAAUCACAUAUUUCAGAGCCCUGAUUUGAUAUUAUAUUCUUGUUGAUAUGCCUCAGUAAAGAACUAGAAUUUAAAUGAGUUAUAUCCUCUUGACAAUACCAGGAUGCAUGCAGUGUUGAGUUAUUUUUCUUUUCUGUAUUUAUACUUAACAUGUCCUUCCGUAUUACAACAUUAACACACUUUCACAGGUA